AAGGAAACUUUGAGGUUCCUAUCAUUUUUGUAAACACACGGACCUUUUCUGGUGUGACACACUCAACGAUUGCCAGAAACUAGCGAACUCAUUCAAGGAUUGGUGCCACACAAGUUGAAGGAUGUUCCUGACGAGAUCGGAAUAUGACAGAGGUGUCAACACAUUCUCUCCCGAAGGAAGGUUAUUCCAAGUUGAAUAUGCUAUUGAGGCUAUAAAACUUGGCUCCACAGCCAUUGGUAUCCAGACCUCAGAGGGGGUGUGUCUGGCUGUGGAGAAGAGGAUCACCUCUCCUCUCAUGGAGCCCAACAGCAUUGAGAAGAUCGUGGAGAUUGACAGUCACAUUGGUUGUGCAAUGAGUGGCUUGAUAGCUGAUGCCAAGACUCUAAUCGACAAAGCCCGAGUGGAAACACAGAACCACUGGUUCACUUAUGACGAGACCAUGACAGUCGAGAGCGUGACCCAGGCAGUCUCCAACUUGGCGCUGCAGUUUGGGGAGGAGGACGCUGACCCUGGUGCAAUGAGUCGACCGUUUGGAGUUGCACUUCUUUUUGGAGGGGUGGAUGAAAAAGGACCUCAAUUGUAUCACAUGGACCCUUCAGGAACCUUUGUGCAAUGCGAUGCUCGGGCAAUUGGCUCAGCGUCUGAGGGCGCACAGAGCUCACUGCAAGAAGUCUACCACAAGUCCAUGACGCUAAAAGAUGCCAUCAAGUCAUCUCUCACCAUUCUGAAGCAGGUGAUGGAGGAAAAGCUCAACGCGACCAACAUUGAGCUGGCAACAGUGGAGCCAGGGAAGACCUUUCACAUGUACUCCAAAGAAGAGCUGGAAGAUGUGAUCAAAGAUAUUUAGAUGACUUUCAGCGCUGGCACAAGAGAACAGGAAGUACACCUGGCUUUGGCAACAAAAACAACGUUCCAUCGGCGCUUUCAGUUCGCUGCACUCAGAUCUUUUUGGAUUUGCAUCAGAGGUUUUGUCUGUAUGAUGUCCUCAUGGACUUCUUGCCUAUCAGAAUCUGUACAGAAUGGCAGGAAGAAAACAGGGGUGCGGGGUAAUUUUUUUUUUUCUAAGAAAUCAGUACUUCAAUUAAACUGUUGUAUUCCACAA